AGCAAUCAGUGGUAACCGCUUGUUUCCAGUACCGUACGCAAUCGAAGACAAUGAUGGACGAUUUAUCUGAAGCUGUAAAAAAAGAGCCAGCGAUCGACAUUGUUUUCUAGAAAACACCUCGUGUUACAUCGAGUCGAACUCGUUUGUUAGGUCUAUUGACUGAUCGGGGUAGCAACUAAUUAAUAAUUAAUCAAACGAAUACCUGAUCGUCUAUCUUUAGUCACUCUGGAUUGUUCGUUCUUAAUUUUCGUUCAUGGAACUUUUCCCAUUGAUGAAAAACCAAUGGAAUUUAUAUUCCACUGGUUUUUCAUCAUUACAUUGCUGCGAUGCGCCCCUAGAUCAUACCUGCUUGAUAAAGUUGCGGGGUUUUCUGAUAAACUUGAAAAUCGUCCAGUUAGCAAAUCUAACGAUGUGUAAGGAUGGGCAUAACAACCCAAAAUCAAACUGUUCAAUGAAAACUGCGAACCCUCAAACCUAUCAAUAUAUGGGUGUAUGUAUUAAUUCGUUUAGGGACAACGUUAUGGGAAUUUACUACGAAAUGACAUUACCGUUUAGAUUCAAUAGACUUGUACAUGUAGAGGACAGCAGAAUCUCACAUUAUUAAUAAUAUUCGAUGUUGACAGAACGACGUGUUGAAUUUGCCUGUUGUCGGCUCUAGGGGCAAACUAGUAAUCAUUUUCGUGUGUUCCGUUUCGUGUAUCGUCUCUGUCGUCAGGGAAAACAGGCCUAGAAUACGCCAUUUCUACUCGAGCUAUGAGUUAGUUCAACAAAACGUUUCGUUAGACCCCUUGAUGUUUGACUGGUAAUAGCACAAUUACGUUUGCAACAUUUACUCGGCCUGCGACACACUAACUGUCCCAUAUAUUGACAGAUGCACGUAUUGCAAAACAUUUCCCUUUGCCGUCUGCCCACCUUCCGUCUGGCAAUCCUACCAAAUCAGAGAGUCGACAAUCGCCGAACUCCCACGAACUAGUCACCGCUGUUCGCUAUCCUAACCACACUAUUUUCUGAUAUUCGUUCCUCGUCGUGAGUCAUCUAUGAAUCAAGCGACUAGUCGAUACGUGGGUUCGUGAACCGUCCAUUUUCAACUGCAGGAUUCCCUAUUCUUAUUGUUUAUGUGGUGAUGCUGUUCCCGACUCGUUAGUUACCAGGUAGAGCCAGCAGCAUCUUGAGUGUUACUGAUACAUCGGUUCCAUACGAGCCGUCAGUGGAUGCCAUGCUCCAUCGAUGAUUUUACUGCUGGCUGUUACAUUAACAUGCCGCUCCCGGGUCAUGGUCGUGGUCUUCUUCUUCUUGUAGCUGGCCACCAGCCCACCACUUACGGCCCGUCGCUCCGGCUGUUAUACAGCGUUGCUUUGUUGCGUUGCUUGCGACGUCGACGCCGAAGUCGCCGCGACUUACCAAGCCAGCGGCGGAGCGCCAGAUGGCAAAGCAGAAACGGGACGGAGACUCCUUUUCGUUCAUCUUCGUUAUUGUCCAGUGGUCCGAGUGUCUUCGGGAGAGAGAGGGAGAGGAAGAGAGAGCGAAUGGAAACGACUCGCGGGAGCGAGUUACAACGCAACUGGCGCCGUUGCUCCUAUCAGAACUGUGCUGCUCCCUGUCAACUAAGCGCAUCGGCAGCAUUCAACGUAUUCACUCGUUGGGUUCGGCCGCUGAUGCUGUUGUUGUCAGUGUCGUCGUCGUCGUCGUCGUCUGCUGUGGUGGCAGGCUUCACAGUCGGCAACAGCAUCUACCUCUGUGGACAGAUAGCUUCCUACUGUUGCUGCUAGAGGCGCUUGAUGGAGUUUCUUUGGUGACCUUUCACUUGUUUCCCUCCGAAAAAGCAGCAGCAGCAGCAGCGGACAAACCAUUUCCUCUUUUUUAUACGAUGGCCUCACCUGGAGAUUUUGGGUGAGGUUGUAGCAGCUGUUGUCGAUAACACCAAAAGAACGAUGCCGAAAUAGAUAAAAAUAACAGUCGCCCCACGAAUACAAACGUGUGUGUUCAGCUGAAAACGUGAUGACCCGAAGCUGUGCGUUGAGUAGCAGCAGUAACGAUGCUUUCUGGAGCGUCACCGUUGAUGCUGUCUGAGCUGUAAUGUCUAAGCGGAUCUCUAGCUCGUAAUGAAUGGCGGCAAACUUUAGGCUUCCACAAUGGCGUAGAGUUUCGUCACCAGCCGGGAUGACGUUUUGCUAAUCUCUCCACAUUAUGUCUGCUUUUUGGGAGGAGCGACAAAAAAAUGAUUAUCAACUGGUGGAAGUGGUAAGUGGCGCUCAGCGCCUCAGAGCGCUUGAAACCCUCCGUUAUUCCGUGGCGGCAUUUCGUGGCCCGCCAAGCGUGGGCUCUGCCAUUCCUCAAUUUCGAGUUGGGUGCGUCGAAUCGCAACGGGUCUCGGCUGCACCAACGAUACUGCAGCAUCAACAACAACAGCUUCAAUACCAGCCACAACGACAACAGCAACAUCCGCAACAACAACAGCAACAACCGCAGCCCAUGGACGCGUCUUUUCUCAAUGAGCUGCUCGAGUGCUCCGUAUGCCUUGAGCAGCUCGACUCGAGCUCGCGAGUACUGCCAUGUCAGCACACGUUCUGCAAACGGUGCUUGCAGGAGAUCGUGCAAUCAAAGGGCGAGCUUCGUUGUCCUGAGUGCCGUACCCUUGUUGAGACGAAGGUCGACGAGCUGCCGGUGAACAUUUUCCUUGUGCGACUCCUCGAGGGAAUCAAGAAUAAGACGCCUCGAAAGUGCCAACAAUCGUCGGGAAUUGGAGUGCCUGCGCAGCCCGUAUUUUCCGAUCAGUUCCUUCUGGGAACGGGUAGUUUGUGCUCGAUUGGCGGUCCUAGCCUCCCGUUAAUGGGAUCGGGCCAGACCUUCUACACGCAGGCGGCCGUUCAUCCAAUCUGUUGUGCCAAAGCUAUUUAUCCAUACGAGUCGUCGAACGUCAGCGACCUCUCGUUCCAGAAGGGCGACCUCAUUAAUUUGAUCAAACGGAUCGAUGUGAAUUGGUAUCAGGGCGAACUGAAAGGCAAAGUAGGCUUCGUGCCGGCCUCGUAUAUUACGGUUGUCACGCUUGGUCCGUUCACAACGGCUCUAACUCAAGGCGGUGGUAGCGGUUCCAUUGUUGGUCAUAAUGGUCAACAGGUUAUCACUCCAAGUCAGGCACUGGCCAAGGCCCUGUAUGACUUUCAGAUUACGGAUAAGUCAUCGGAAGAGAAAGAGUGUUUGACGUUCAGCCGAGGCGAAAUCAUCUAUGUGUUGCGGCGCGUGGACGAAAACUGGGCCGAAGGUCGUAUCGGCGAUCGGCAAGGGAUAUUUCCCAUAUCCUUCGUCGAAAUGAACGUAGCGGCCAAACAGCUGAUUAAGAUGAUUACGUGCAGCGGGCCCUCGCGAGUCGCGCCGGCGCCGCCUGCACUCAGCUCGUCCCUGUCCGAUCAAGGGGGAGGUGCCAAAACCCCAAGUAGCCAAACGCCGGAAGGUCUACUGUCGGAUUUCUCGAUAGUGACAGAAAACAAACGACAUUCAUUAUCCGCGCUAAACCUAACCACGGCUCUUGGGCAGUCGUUGGUGACACCGACAUCCAGUUCGGCCCCAGGUGCCAAUUGUGAGCAUCGUCACUCCAUGGAGAUGCUCUCCGACCGUGAGCUGCGGUCGCCGCUAGCGCCGCUUGCCCCUGCGAUGCCGAAGAUGUGUCAGUCGUCGAGCGGGGGGGGCGGCCCGCCCUCAGUAACUCCAGUGACAACUCAUACCACUGCGCAACAUGGUCAAAACAAGCUACUCGAGAUUAAUGCCACGGUACGGCGGCAUACACGACAGUCGAAAGAGGCUGAUUUAAGUUCUUCGUCGCAGACCGUUAAAUCCACGUCAAUGUUUUACAUGGCGCUGUACAAUUACAAGCCGCAGAAAGACGACGAGCUGGAGUUGAAGAAAGGUGAAGUGUAUAUGGUAUCCGAGAAGUGUCAGGACGGCUGGUUCAAGGGCAGCGCGCUGAAAAGUGGUGCGCAGGGCGUCUUCCCUGGGAACUAUGUCCAGCACGCUGGCAAAAACGGCCAACAGGCCCAACAGGUCCAGCAGGCCCUGCAGGCCACACCUUCAACUAUCACAGCUGCAGGGUUUGCCUAUCAACCAGUUCCGACUGCGGGUGGUCCUCAGCAGCCAUCGGUAACUAAUGUCACAGCGGCCGCAGCUUUAGCGCAAGGCUUCUCUAACCUCUGUGUCUCAUCACCAAUGCGGCCGCGAAGUAAUCCCCAGUUGCCACUUAGCGCGUUGUACAACACUAUGCAACGGUCAUCGGAAUGGCCCCUUUCGACAAGCAGCACGUUUAACGGUAUUCCGUUCGAUAUUGCUGGAACAUCGGCGUUAACUUGCGGAACGACAUCAAUGGGCGUCAACGGAGGUGGCGGCGCUCUAGGUGGAGGGGGCAGCGGCAUGCUUAAGUGCGGUCAAGGGGGUGGACUUCAACAGGGCAAUCAACAGUAUUGCCAGUCAAUGACGAACACACCCCUAAAGCAGGGCUGGUCUACGACCGCGACAACGGACGUUCACUGCGGAAGUCCUCCCCUACAGUCCUCCAUCGGCGUUGGCCAGACCGCUCAGCAACAACAGCAGACACCCCAGUCGACUGUGAUAGCGCAGCACUUCUCUAUCGUGAAGCGGUUAACGCGGCGCAAAUCGAAAUCGCCUCCACCUGCUCUCGGCCUAGGUGGAGUCAGCGGCCUCGAUGACUCCCCUCCCGUACACGUGCGUUCAGGCUCGUGCCCAUCGAGCCAUAGCAGCCAUAGUUCUCCAGCAGGACCCUCAGGCGUGACCAGUCGCGGAGGCAGUGAAACGAACUUUGGGAGUGGUAACAAUGCGUUGGUUCCCGGUCCCCUGCACAAGAAAACGGCGUCACUCGAUGACGCUCUGGCGUCGCCCUCGCAAAGCCCGUUGACGCCGCUGACUCCACUUGGCGUCGCGGGCGUCUCCCCACCACCUCAGCAGCAACAACCAGGCGCCGGCGUAGCUCCCGAUGUGCCGACAUCUGUCUCCAGCCAAACGUCGAACGGCGCAUCCACCGUUGGAGGGAAUGUUGGCAUCGGGGUCGGAGUGGGAUCCGCCUCCGAGCAGUACCGCUGUAUAGUGCCUUACCCAGCUAACUCGGAUUACGAACUUGAGCUCAAGGUCGGUGACGUCGUGUACGUUCACAAGAAACGAGAAGACGGUUGGUGCAAGGGAACUCUACAGAGGACGGGUCGAACGGGUUUAUUUCCUGCCUCGUUUGUCAAGCAGACAACGACAACGGCAGCAGCAGGCGUAGUGGCGUCUACCGAGCCAGUGCACACUGCCACAGCCGACUACGCUAUAGCACAGGGUCACGUUGUGCCAGGCAUUGGGGUAGGUGGACAAGCCGGAUCUGCCGGUCAGUUGGGAGGACUAAGCGUAAACGGCUUUAGUGGACUCUGCGGACUGCCACCUGCUCCGGCGAUGUUCCAGUGUGGGCCCGUGAAUGCGGCAAUAAGUCAUAUCCCGCCGCCCACGCAUAUCCUCAAUCCACCCCAGUAACGUAGGGAACCAUGGAAAGCGAAGCAAAUUUAACAAAGACAUGAGAAGCGAAAAGGAUAAAGGAGCAUUGUACCACAGGGAAGAGCGCAAAAGGCCGAACCCCCACGAGCUCGAGAGAAAUUGUGCGAGAAAUAGCUAUCAGUUCCAACGUGUACUAUAUAUAUACUAACGGGUAUUCCUGCUAUGUAACGAAAAUAUUAUUGUUGCUUAGCCUGUUGUGCACAGUGAAAAAGAUAACAACUCACAAUUGACAAUUAAUCGCCGUCCUUCAUGUAUUGACGUAGCUUCAAAAGCACUUAGUGGCUAGGUAGCUACGUAAAUGCAUAAUACUUAGAGAAGGUACGAAUACGCAGCUGAAACAACAGUUCAAUGGUGAAGCCGGUUCGGAUAGACAAAAAAUACAAUACGAGCAAAUAAACAAGGAAUUACUUAAGCUUAUUUAUUACCACACGUGUCGCCUUACGGCUGUAAUGCAUCUCAUCUCACACUUCUUUAGAGCAUCGAUGAAACCGGCGACUAAAUCACCCGGGAUUGGUAACUCGUAGAACGUCGAGAACGCUAUCGACACGUGCUCGUUAUUAAAUGAUAGUCUUACCGAAAAAAAAUGCACAACCAACUUCGUAAUGUUCAGCUCUAUGGUUUAUCAGCUGCACUGCUGAAGUGGGCUGCUCGCAGGAAGGCCAGUCGGUCAACAAAAACAGAACAGAAGGGGAAAAAUGAGUUACAAAAUCCCAGACGUUCACUAGGCUACAGCAGGGUUGAAAUUGUGAUGACCCGCUAGCCGUCAUCGAGAAAAAUUUGGGAAAUUAUACAACCAGCGGUUUCUGACCACAAAUAUACUGUGAUGCGAGAUGGCUAUGCACGAGAGGGAUUUGUACGGAUGGUACAUAUACAGCGAGGUGGGGAUAAGCCCAAGAAAGGUAAAAGGCCCAGAUCGGCCAAUGGCAUAACGCUGGUCACCAGUUAAUGUUGUCAACAAAAUUAGAGCCACGAAGCAAAAACGAUGCAGACCCAGAAAUUAAGGACUCCCAUUGAAGAUUACGAGCACUGAUCCCGUUUGAUUGAUUGAUUAGCAAAUAUAAGCGCUGUUGACCCAUAUAGACUCACUUCCAUAAGGACGUACAGGUAUGGCUCGUUGAGCUGGACUUCGCCAACGGAUCGCUGCUGAACUCAGAAUCAUCACAACAAAAACAAUGUUAGGUGCAUCUUGGCGAGUUUGAAGGCGUUGUGUGGCGUCCCAUGUAGAAGAACAUAACAUAAUAUGAUCGUGCAUCAUCUGUGAGCCAGCAUCAGCGCCAAUGGGAAACACAUACGAGAGAUCAACGCGUGACGCGAGGCCUUCACUGGGUGACGCGACUCAUACGAGUGAGGAUGUAGGUAAGAAGCGGGUCAAGAUGAACUCAUAUAGGCUUGCUUUCCUAUCCUGCCGAUUUUGAUGUGAUCAUCAGGGGCUG